AUUUUCAUACAUAAAUUUUAAAUUAAAUUUCACUUAUUCAUAAAUGUCCGGUGCAUCGCACGGGUAGUUAAAAAAAAGAAAAUCCAAAUUUGAGGUUCAUGUUUAUUGCAAGCGUCUUUGCUGUAAGAUCGUUUACAUAAUAUUGAUAAACAACUCAAUUGGCCAAAAUCUUUGUAACUGAACUCAAAAUCCGAGCUUGGUGAAGUUAUUGAUCCUUUAGGAAUGACAGAGAAUUGGAAUCACACAGCUCUUCUUGUAAUCGACAUGCAGAAAGAUUUUAUAGAAGAUGGAAGUCCUAUGCUAGUAAAAGGAGGAAAAGAUAUUAUCCCAAAUGUUAUUAAGGCUGUGGAAGUUGCUAGACAACGUGGAGUUCUCAUUGUUUGGGUAGUACGCGAACACGAUCCCUUAGGAAGAGACGUUGAACUCUUUCGCCAACAUCUAUAUACAUCAGAGAAAGUUGGUCCAACCUCUAAAGGAAGUGAAGGCGCAGAGUUAGUUGACGGGCUCGUCAUUAGAGAGGGAGAUUUUAAACUUGUGAAGACAAGGUUUAGUGCAUUCUUUUCUACACACCUUCAUUCAGUCCUUCAAAGAGCAGGAAUCAAUAGUCUAGUAGUCACUGGUGUUCAAACUCCAAACUGUAUCCGGCAAACUGUCUUUGAUGCUGUAGCAUUGGACUAUCAACCUGUGACUGUUCUUGUUGAUGCCACAGCAGCAGCCACACCUGAUAUUCAUCUUGCUAAUGUGUUUGACAUGAAAAACAUUGGAGUUUCAACCCCAACAUUACAAGAAUGGAGCGAAUCCAAAGCUUGAUCUGUAUGGACCAUGCAUUAUGCAACUUUUUUGUGCACCAUGUGGUACACUACUGUAAUGUGAAAAUGCAUUGUGAAAUUAAAUUAUGUAUGUAUACCGAGUGAAAAUCAUUUACUGAGUUUUUUUUUGACGAAAUGUACAGAUUUUUUUGGAUAGCUGUUAAAUUGUAAUGUUAAAUAAAAUUAUGUAUACUGAGUUACUUGGUUGUCACACCGUAAAGACACUGCAGGACACAACAAUAAGGUUGUCAUGAACGUAUGUUAAUUUUGAGAUUGUCCUUGAGACGAAUAAUAAUCUUCAUUAUCAAA